CUUCUCCUUUCCCUUCCUUUUUUUUAAGCAGAGCUGGAUGUGUAGAUCGUCACAUGUUGUUUCCUCUCUUCAGUCCGGGCACCAGCAGACAUGUGUUGUUUAUUGCUCGGCUGUGGAAGAAGAAGGACGUUCGUGCGCCGGCUCUGGAAGGAUUAAAAAUAAAACGCAGAGUUUCUUCUUCAACUCGAGGAAAGGAAGCGUAUAGUGUCUAGAAGUGAAGGACAAGAGAAUGGCGAGUCCGCCAAACACGGGAGAUCAGUCGUUAUUGGCCAGUAAUGCGAACAACAACGUCAAGAAAUGUGGAUAUCUGAAGAAGCAGAAACACGGACACAAGCGCUUUUUCGUUUUGAAAGAUCCCAGUGAGGGUCUCCCUGCGCGGCUGGAGUAUUACGAGAGCGAGAAGAAAUGGAAAAACAAAUCGGCCGCCAAAAGAGUUAUUUCUCUGGACAGCUGUCUGAAUAUCAGCAAACGAGCGGACGCAAAACACAAACAUCUCAUCGCGCUUUAUACUAAGGAUGAGUAUUUUGCCGUGGCGGCGGAAAACGAGCAGGAACAGGAGAGCUGGUACCGGGCUCUGACAGAUCUGAUGGCAGAGGGGAGAGUCUAUGACGGCUCCGCGUCCAACUCUGCGUCCUCUCUGGUUGGCUUCGACGAGUCGAGCUACGGUGUAAUAACGCCGGUGACCGCCGCCUACAAGGAGGUCUGGCAAGUCAAUCUGAAAUCCAGGGGCCUGGGACAGAGCCGAAAUCUGACCGGGGUGUACAGACUCUGCCUCUCCAGCCGGACUAUCAGCUUCGUCAAGCUCAACUCGGACGUCGCCUCGGUCAUUUUGCAGCUUAUGAACAUCCGGAGGUGCGGCCACUCCGACAGCUUUUUCUUCAUCGAGGUGGGCCGGUCCGCGGCCACCGGCCCGGGGGAGCUGUGGAUGCAGGCGGACGACUCCGUGGUGGCGCAGAAUAUCCACGAAACUAUCCUGGAGGCUAUGAAAGCCAUGAAGGAGCUGUCGGAGUUCCGUCCGCGCAGCAAAAGCCAGUCGUCUGGCACCAACCCCAUCUCUGUGCCCACACGCAGGCACCUGAACAACCUCCCCCCGAGCCAGACCGGGCUCCCCCGCCGGUCGCGCACGGACAGCAUGGCCGCCACCUCCCCCGUCAGCAAAUGCUCGUCUUGCCGAAUACGCACGGCCAGCGAGGGCGACGGCACCAUGACGCGCCCAAUGUCGGUCACGGGGAGCCCCCUCAGCCCGGGGGUCCACAGGACCCUGCUGAGCAGGUCGCACACCAUCACCGCUCGCCCCUCUCUAACAUUCGAAUCUUCCAGCCUCCAGCACAGGAAGUCCAUGUCCAUGCCCCUGUCUCAUUCCCCGCCUGUGGCCACGGCUUGUCCGAGGAACGGGUCCUCCUGCCCGGACAGCUCGGCCCCCCGCCCAUCCAGCUGCAGCGCAUCCUUCUCAGGCUCACCCAGCGAUGCGGGUUUUAUAUCGUGUGAGGAGUACGGCUCCAGCCCCGCGGAUGCACGGGAACUCCGGUUGCCGCUCACCCUCCGCAGCAACACCCCCGAAUCCCUCAAAGCAGACACCCCACCCUCCAGGGACGGCAGCGAGCUUGAUGGUUACAUGGUAAUGGAGCGGCAGAAUCAGAAUGGUUACCGGCGCUUGUCUGAGCUGGAAAAGGCGUACCGAAAGCGCACGUAUUCUCUGACCACCCCCCGCCAGCAGAGGCGCCCCCCCCAGGUGUCCUCGGCCUCUCUGGAUGAGUAUACUCUCAUGAGGGCCACGUACACCAGAGGAAGCCAGUCUUCUAUGAGGUGUCAUACUGCCUCUCCUAAAGGAAAUGCACUGGAGGAUUACAGGGAUCUUCAUAACAGCUCAAACAGUCUCCAUGGCGACAGUGGCUACAUGCCUAUGAUGCCUGGCGUGGCACCUCAGACACCAGGGUCCAAGGACGAUCCUUACAUGCCCAUGAGCCCCAUGUGUGUUUCUGCUCCGAAGCAGAUCAUCAACCCGCGCUCACACUCCUCCUCUGCGGGGCUGGCCCCACGCACAGACUCGCCCGGGAGCGUAUCUCUCGAGGACAGUGGCUACAUGCCCAUGUGGUGUGGAAACAAGAUGUCAGUAGAGAGCACCGAUGGAAAGCCCAACAAUGCCGAGUACUUGUACAUGUCCCCCGUUGACACUAUGGUGUCUCUGACACCUCCCGACUUCAUUCUCAGCCCUUCAGGGGAUCCCCACCUCCAGAGCAGACCACCCUACUCUUACAGCUCUCUGCCGAGAACACUUAAAGGACAGUCUCAGCGCAAUGGGUCAUCUGAUACAGACCAGUAUGUGGUGAUGAGUUUACAGAGACAGCGGAUUGAAGAGGAGUCCAACUAUUGUCCGGUCUCUCCGGGGGAAUCCGUGGCCAGCAGCUCUCCAGAAACACCUGGCACGCCAUACUCUGUUGCAUCCUCUCUUAGGCUGGCUCGCGUAGAUGGAGGUCCAGUACACCGCAACAGGGUGUGCCGACCCACUCGCCUGGCUCUCGAAUCCUUAAAAACGCUGCCGUGCAUGACCGAGCAUCCCCUUCCCUCUGAGCCACGUAGCCCUGGCGAGUACAUCAACAUAGACUUCAAUAGCGCUGCCCAUACCCAGCUGGCAUCCACAGCGUCAGAAGGCUCCGAGUCCUCCGGGAGCUUAGACAGGGGAUCCAUGACAUUCUCAGACUAUGCUAACAUUGAUGUCAGCUCUCCAGUUCUCCAAGGCGGGGGCUCCCCCCCAGGAGGGUGUUUAAAGCACACACCUGAAGUCUCCCAGUCGGACACUCAGGGAAGUGAGGUAGAACGUGAGGAAAAAAGAAUAGAGGAGCAGCCAAAGGAAAGGGAGGCUGGAGAGGAAUAUCCUCUACAACAGCAGGAGAGCCCCGUGAGUCAGCCCGCUCCGGUCAAAGACGACUACACCGAGAUGACCUUUGGCCCCCCUGCCCCAUUACCUGUUCACUGUGCCGCUGAUGCUGCUCCCCUCCCCACCAGCCCCACUGCAUGUGUCAAGAGACUCAGCCUGGAGAGCAGCAUAGUGGAUGUUGUGCCCCCUGUGCCUGUGGACUCUUUCCUCCUUGGGGGUCCCUCAUUAUCGGUCACAAUUGUGGAUCCAAACAGGGGGGCCAAAGUGAUCCGGGCUGACCCUCAGGGGCGACGGCGCCACAGCUCUGAGACCUUCUCCUCCACCACCACUGUCACACCUGUCUGCCCCUCGUUCGCCCAUGACACCAAACGACACAGCUCGGCCUCGGUGGAAAACGUGUCCCGCUCUGUUCUCAGCUCCGAGGGACCAGAAGAGGACUCUGGCAUACCCAUGUGCAGGGAAACCUCAGCUGGUUAUCAGAACGGACUCAACUACAUUGCCUUAAACUUGAUGGAGGGAAACCUGGGUGGAUGCCGGUACGGGGGCUGUGAUGAACUUCUGAGGUUCAAGACAACCUGCGGCUGCAAGGACGGGCUGAACGGCUUCAACACGAGCCCGUACGCCAGCAUGGGCUUCAAGGAGACUACCACCGCUGCUGUGAAAGAAUGAAGACUGAUGGACGCUCCUUCCUCUCCUCCCCCCUCCUCCCCCCUCCAUCUCCUGUGAAAGUAGGAUUUCACAGCAGCCAGAUGACAAGGUCGCCACGGCAACAGCUGGACCCUGUGCUGCAGCCAGUGUCCCUUGACCUCUUCGCUGCCUCUGCGGGGGUCACAGGGAUGGCCGUCACCAUGGAAACAAGGACACUUGACCUUUGCCCCAAAUGUCGCCUCCUUUUUCUUGGCACCCAAACACUCAGGUGCCAUUGCUGCUGUAGUUCUAGAUGGAAAAGAAUAACACAAAAAGAACUUAAUAGACUUUUAACUCUAACACUAGAUGGGUGACAAUGUGUGUCUGUACGUAGGCCUUCAGAUACUUCUGCAGUAUGUUAUGUUUAUUCCUCUUACCAUUGUGAUCAUCUCCACACUUUUUGUUGGCUUUCUUUCGGCUGCAGCCAGCAGAUGCCAGAUAUUCUCACCUGAAAACCUGUGAACCAAACCUCGAAAGCAUGCGUACACGCAAAAAAACAAACAAACAUACAAAACAAAAACCUUUUUAUGCAUACUGAUUACAUGUAUUUAUUUAUUUAUCGUGUAUGUAUGCAUCAAAUGUGUAUGAGAAUUUGUAUACAAGAUUGUACUGCAAAAAAGAGACGGCAUUUAUUAACAUAUUUAAAAGUAAGAUUUGCUUAGAAACCCUACCUCAGCACCAAGUCACAUGGUAAAAAUAUAUAUAAGAUAUUUAUUUUCAGAGGAGAAUUUUUUUUUAUUUUUUUUUUAAUUCAUUAAUCCAAAGCCUUACUCUAGCCAUCAGCCUCCAUCUGAUGGACCCACCUAGUUUGGACCUUUAAAAACACAGUAUCAAAGAUUUAUCCGAUCAUCUUAAAGACUGAAUGUCUUGCCGAUAGAGAGACAGCCUCUCUGAGAUUAAGUUCCCUUUCUUCCCACAUGAAUGGCAAGAUUAUGUAUUGAUAUCCCAGAGUAAUAUAUUUAUUCAUAUACCUCAGAUGGAGCAUUCAUAUACACACUAAAAUAGUAUCAAGAGGACCUUAAAGGCGUAGUUGACAUUGAAUAACAAACAUGUGCAGCUGUUACAGGUCCAAAUACUGCAGCAGAGCCAGGUCCAAGUGGACCAGAUCAUCAAACCUGUCUGAGCCCAAGUCUCAGUCUUUGUUCCCUUUACCGCCUGUGAUAUCGUGCACACAGCCUGCAGAAUGUUGUGACCUGUCGGGAUUAGGGACAGGAACCUGAAUGUUUGAAGUUGUGUACACAGAGAAACUGGACAGCCCAGUAUCUUAUUUUAUCUCACCUGAUGCCUCACUGCAGAGCUCAGGCACCGAGCAGUGUGGCGCAUGGCGGAGCUGCAGGAUUCAGUCUGAGCGGCUCUUAGAUUAGCUCGCUGAUAGCUCGAAUCCACGGACUCCGCCACAGAGUCUUGCAUUUACAAACUUUCCAGAUUGUAACACAAGACACGUUGAAUGUAGUACAUGUUGUGUUCUGAGCUUGAGAACACAGAAACUAACACACCCAAAAUCUCAACAACAGUCAAACACCAUGAGGUACUGAAUGGGAACCACAACAAAGAUACAAGCCGAAUUAAAGAAACAAACCAAGGGAAGUAUCUUCUUAUUUAUCUGAACUCACAGGUACUUAACCUUUGCCUAUAUACUGUAAAUAGUGUGGAGAAUUACAUCUGAGCAGAUGCUGAGAAACCUUCAGAGGUGUUAAGUUAAAUAACUUAUGUUUGUACUGUACAUAAUAUGUGUUUGAGUGAACUUUCUCAUACAACAGAAGCACUAAUUAAGUUAUAUGCUAACCAGUAAGGAUGGGCUUUGGUUUUUUUAAACUGUCAUGGGAUAGUCUUGCAAAAUAGAUGCCACUAUGAGGACAUUUUCUAAUGCUGUAAUUCUGAGAAAUUUUUUAAAAGAGAUCAUUAAUACUUGACACAAUUACUUCUUGAUACUUAGGUACAAAAAAAUGGCAUAUAUGCAAUAUUUACACCUUUGAGAAUUAGUUUACAAAGACGUACCAAAUGUAGAAAUACUGUUAAUAAUGUUUGUGAAAAAUGAAAUCAAUUUUUUGCUGUUUGUACAUUUUUUCCUUCAAUUUUGAAAUGAAAACCUUUUUCUGCUUGUUUUUUUUCUUUUUCUUUUUUUUGGUAAUGGAAACUCUUGGUGUUUUGAGAAUUGUUUUGCAUUGGGAUAAUGUUUCAAGUUUUUAUUCAGCAUCUAAAGGUUACAAUAUGGGCUAUGGCUUACCUUACUGUGUCUGUCAUUGUAAAUAUUUCAUAUCAUGCACAUUGUGAUGCUACUAAGAAAUGAUAAUUUAAACUUAGCUUAUUGCUUUAGAUUGUAUUGAUUCUUUAUAGACACAUGCAAUAAAU